AUGACCGAAUUGCAAACUCCAGUUAAUCUUGACCAUCAUCUUAGCCAGACCGCGCUUCGUCGUAAGGAGAAUAUCUUCAAGCUGUUCUAUCGCUAUCACUCAAUCCCCGGUUUAACGGACAUUUCUGGUGGCCUGCCUCACCCCAGCCUGUUUCCAGUAAAGGAAUUGACUAGUGAAGCAGUUGCGACCAACUUUUUAUUCGACCCCGAGGCUAAGAACAUUGUCGUCUCGUCCAACAGCGACGACCUCACGUCCGCGCUUCAAUAUGGCCAGGCCACAGGACAGAAACAGCUCCAUGAUUGGGUCACCAAGUUCAUCGAUGACCAUGUUUCCAAGCCAAUGUACAAGGGAGGCUUUGACCACGUAGCCACAAACGGAAACACGGAUGGUUGGAAUAAGGUCCUUCAGGUUUUGAGUAACGAGUGGUCCGAGAACGACCCCAUUGAGAAGCGUCAGAGUUUACUUGUCGAAGAGUUUACCUAUGCGCUUUCUACUGAAACAGCAAAUGUUCGUGGUCUCAAUAUUGUCGAUGUUAAAAUGGAUCGCGACGGUAUGAUUCCUGAGAAUCUCCGGGACAUCUUAGAGAACUGGGACCCAAGUAAAGGAAAGCGCCCUCAUCUCAUGUACACUAUCAGCAUUGGACAGAAUCCUACUGGUGCUACUGUGCCGAUGGAAAGACGGAAAGAGAUCUAUAAGAUCUGCAGCGAAUUCGAUAUCAUCAUCGUCGAUGACUGCCCUUAUUGGUUUAUGCAGUAUGCGGACCAGAUGGAAAAGUGCUAUCUGAGUGUCGACACAGAAGGACGUGUUCUUCGUCUCGAUUCGUUUUCCAAGUGCUUUGCUCCUGGAUGCCGCUUAGGAUGGGUUGUUGGACAGCCCAGUCUUAUCAAGAGAAUUUACUACCAUGCAGAAGAAUCCACCAUGCACCCUUCUGGAUAUUCUCAAUUGAUGGUGUACAAGGUUCUCGAGCAAUGGGGUUGUGACGGUUGGAUGAAUUGGUUGGAAAACUUGACCAAAGAGUACAAAGAACGCCGGGACCUCAUGAUUACCGGUCUAGCGCCCUAUAAUAAGAUUGACGGUGAACUAAUUCUGGACUACUCGGUGCCCAAGGCAGGCAUGUUUGUUUGGAUCGAUGUCCAAUUCGAUAAGCAUCCCAUGAAGGAGAAGUUUUCUCUUGUGGAACUCAGUCGGGCAUUCUGGGUGUUCCAGACCAAGGAACCUCAUCCAACUUUGAUUUCACCGGGCUACUUUUAUGCACCCUCACCCCAUGCUGGUGAUCAUACAUCGAGCUACUUCAGGCUCUCAUUCGCACCCAGCACAAAGACCGCACUAGAGAACGCGGGUGAGUGCAUGGGACGGAACACACACGAGUUCUGGAAACUCAACGAGGCAGAUAUCCGGAAACUCGUAGACGAGUAUCCCAGUGAUAUUUGA